GGGCAUUGCACACACUGUAUAUAACAGGAUCCAGGUUUCUACUGAUACCAGCACUAGGCAAACUCUGUACACAGGGUCUGUGGUAGUUAAAUAUAUGACACUACAAAGAGUCAUAGUUAGGCAAAUAUUAAGCACAACAUACACAUAACUGCUUUGUCUCCCUCAUGUUCUGUUUCUCUGCAAGCUCCAGGAUGCUGCCACUCAACUCUCUCUGUGUCAUAAAGAAAAGAGCCCAAAGAGGAACCGUGUGCUUACAGGGGCGGGACAUAAGGAAGGGAGACGCUGUCAUUGGCUGAAAAGCACUGGGGCAGGGCGAGAUUGCAGAGUUAGGGAUCGUCUGCAAAUUUCAUACUGCUGAUGAAAACUUCAGUUGUGCAUUAUGUCACAGCUUGAAAUUGAGUUUACUGAUAGUGGAACUUGCAGAUAAUCCCUAACUUUGCACUUCUCCUCCACAUCCAAUUUUCGGCGCGACUUCGGGUCUUCAGCACAGCCGGGCCCCCCUUUAGCCCCGGGCCCGGUACAGGUGUACCCCCUGUACCCCCCUGAUGGCGGCCCUGAUACCUGCACAACGUAGAAAGGCAAGGACUUCCAGGCAACUUUACAAGAAAUCUGUAUGUUUAUUUCACAACAGAGUUUUCAAUGGAGAAUAACUUCAGUGAAUGUUGAACAUUUUACAUUAUUUAAAGAGAAGCUGACGCUGAAGGCACAUACAAUCAAUAUAAUUCCAUGUAUGUUUCAAACACGCGGUCAACUCAACCCACUCAAAGUCCAACUGGAAUGGGGGAAAAUGGAUUCGAAAGGUUACACGUCUCUUAUCCACCUGUACGGAGAACAUGCGACAAUGGAAUCGCCCGAUUUGAAGGACAAAUACCACCUUUUUGAAAGCCAGGUGGCAAAAGGGAUCUGCUCUCUGGUGAUUAAUCCCACAGAGAUGAAAGACAGUGGCACUUAUGAGGUCCGGCUGAAAAUUUUAGGAAAGUUGUACGAGCCGGUUCCAUCUAUAGAAAUUCAGGUUGAGAAUCAAGUUGAGAAUAAAGACACAGAUGAGUCGCAGAGAGGGUUCUGGUCAAAGUCUCAAACAACGACUGUGCCCCCAACGACCACUACUGCAUCAACAGCCACAGCCGCAGCCACUGUCUCUUUUCAAGAUGCCAUCCUAGAAUAUAUUAAUUCAAGUGCUAAAGGGGAGACUAUACAUACUGUAAUACUUGGAGCGCUCCUUGUUAUAGGCAUAGUACUCUUACUAAUAGCAGUCAAACUAUGUACUAACGGAAGGCAAAAAAACCCUGAUAGUGAUGAAGAAAACCCACCAGAUAAUACUUCAAAGAAAGGGAAAGAUAAAAAGAAGAAGAAAAAAGAAAAAAGUGAGUCAGAAAAGUCUUCCAACGAGAGUGAGGAAAGCACAUCUACUGUAUCAGAAGAGAGUGAAAGUGACUAGAACAGGAGUGACUGGGCAUCAUUACAAGAAUAUGAUGAGAACAUAAAGAAUUUAGAAGCUUCUUUGGACAAGAAUGACUUUUUGAUAGGAGAAUAAAACCUAAAAUUGAAAGACGCUGCUUUAAUUGGAGGCAGGAAGGACUUUUGUCUCUUUUCAGCCUCAUCUCCAAUGUCACUAUGGAAUGAAAUUCUAAUCGGUAAAUUCUGUCAUUUUCAGAAAAAAUAUUUUCAAUAAAACCUAAAUAUUAUCAUU